UUCGAUUUUGGAGCAGCUCGUGGAGCGGCAAGAGUUCUCGAAAGUGUUGUCGCUCGUUGAGAAAUGGGAUCACAGCAUUUUCGACGCAGAGACGCUGCGCGACCGUUUGGCUGAAGAACUUGAGGAGAUAGGCGAGCAGGAGGCUUCUGUGCGGCGGUUGAUUGUGGAUCUGAGCAUUGAGCUGGACGAGAUGGAAAAAUGCAUCGACCACUUGAUUUGGCUCAAAGAUCCGGAUACUAUGCAGUUUCUGGACGAACACCAUCUGCUGCUGUCGAAUAUUAACCAGUUACCGGCCAUUGUGACGCUGAGCGCGGCCGGAAGGCCACUGACGGCAGAAAACCUGGCCACGGCGGUUGCGAUUCUCGUGAAAAACAGCCACGAGAUCCUGCCGCGGCAGAUAGUCGACGCGCUGGACGCGGCAGGACUCGACUACGUGAGUUUCCUGUAUCUGGACGCGCUGGCGGCGAACGACAAGCUGCUCGUGAAGGACUUUGAGGACGAAAUGGUGAAGCUGUACGCGUCGUUCAACAGAGACCACCUGCAGCAGUUUCUGAGCCGCCAUUACAACUACUCGGUGGAAAAAGCGAUUUCCGUUUGCGAGGAGAAAAAAUGCGUCUCUGAGCUGGUGUACUUGUUGAGCAAGGUGGGCGAGAACAGGAAAGCGCUCAAGCUGAUUGUGGACGAGCUGCGCGACCCAGAAAAGGCGAUUUUGUUUGUGAGCGAAAGCGACGACAGGGAGCUGUGGGACUUUCUGCUGGAUUACUCGAUGGACCGGCCGGCGUUCAUUCAGACGCUUGUGGUGGCUGCAGGCGACCUGAUCGACCCGCUUCCUGUGAUCUCGCGGAUCCCACGCGGCGUCGAAAUCACAGGGCUGCGCGAAGCGUUGGUGCAGAUUUGCGGCAACGUCCAGAUGGACCGACUGGUGCAUGAGCUGGUAGCGCGGCUGAUAGCUGCGGAGUCGAUGGAGCUCACUGGCCGGUACAUGAGCUUGCGCGCGCAGGGCACGGUUUUCGAGUUGGACCGAGUGCCGACGGAAACGCUGGUGUGCCGCGACGGGCGGCUGGCGACAGAAGAGCAGUUUCUGGGGCACCGUUGGAAAGGCUCUGCAGCUACGGUGGCAGAGAAGAUAAACCACGUUGCAUAUAUUCGGCGACACAUUGGGCGCUAAGAGAGUUGGGGGCAGAAUUAUAUAUUAUCGCGGGCGGAACGCAGGUUUAAGUUUACGAUGGAUUUCGAAGCUGUUCUUACCCUCAAGACGCCUGGAGACGACCUGAACGACCAGGGACUGUUUAGACCGCGCUCCAUGAGGCACAGACGGCUAACUGACGAGCCGGCAGCAGAUAACGCUGUUUUUUUCUCGAAAAGCGACACUUUCAAGUCGCUUUCGCUGAACGACCCGAUGGAGAACUAUUUCAGCGUGGCGGAGCGCAAAAACGACAACUUCUUUACAAACAAUGAUGACUCGUUCACCGAGCAGUCUAUCACCCCGACAAAGCACAACGUGACGUCGCGGCUCGGGACCGCCACGCGGGUCCCAAGCCUCAGGUACGAGCUGGCGCCUCCGCGGUUUUCGGGCCUGUUUGAGGCCCCGAAGCCAGAGACGCCGUUCGUGCCCGCGACGAAAAACACGCGCGCCUCGUCGUUUGCUGUGCAGUCGUUCCCGUUCAUGGAGCGCGUGCCUAUGCGGACGACGGUGCAGCCGACACAGCCGGUGGCCGAAUCGUCGCGGCCGGCGUCGAAACGAGAGCUCUCGGCCCAUCUCGAGAGCAGCAAGAGCGUCCGGCACCGGCGAAAGAGCGUGUCGCUGUUCCUGACACAGCUGUUUGACAAAUUCUCGCAAAAAAGAGACGAGGCUCCCAAGAGCGCGCGGUCGAUCAAGUCUGUCAAGAGCUACAAUUUCCUCAACCAGAGCGCGGACAUUUACAACGAAAUCAUCGACGACUACAACGACGCCUCGAACCUCGAGCGCGGCCGGUCGAUGGUCAGAAGACCCGCAAAGGACAGAAGCGUGUCUGUGUCGGGACGCGGGAGGAGAGACUUCUCGCUGGGGUCGGAGCUGCGGUCAUUCGACCAUAGCUGCUACCGGCAGGACAAGGAGCUGCCAACGGCAACGAUCUUCGACGAGGCGACGAGCACGCCGUUUUUCAAGGACAUGGCGGAGCAGGACGACGCGGCAAGCUCUGUGAACACGAAAACAACGACUCUGCGCCGGCUGCGCGCCGACUUGGACCGGUGGUGGAGACGCAAGACAAUGAGCCGGGCACACAGAAGAGAGAACCUGGAGUUUGCAGCCGGGCUCCAGCCGGGCACCGCAGAGCUCGUGUGUGAGAACAAGGAGUUUGAGGCGACGAGCACGCCGCUGAAGGAUAAGGAACAGCAGGAGGUGCUGGUUGCGCGGGACAAGUUUGGCCGGAUGGUGCGGAAUGUGAUAGAGACACGGAUCCUGGUGGUGGAGAACGAGCCCAACAUGGACGAGAUGCUGAAGCAGGGCAGCUCUGCGCCGGAGUGGCUGAAGGCGGAUCUGCUGAACCUGAUCCAGAACGGCAACCUGCGCAUUUUCAAGGAAAAGAGCGGCCGCAACUUCAUCACGGUGGAGGUCACCGAGCUUCCUGAGCUUUAG